UCCAUUCUAUGCAUCAGUCGUUUCCAAUCAGUUGAUCUAGGAUUUCGUCACUCUUUCACGGGAAGAAACACCAGCAAGAUGAGGUGCAUACUCGCAGUUGCAUUUACUGUCGUCCUAAUCGCAGCUGAGGGCAAAGCUAUGCCAGCUAGUGAUGUCGAGAUCCAACAGCCUACUGUUCAGCCGUUAGAACUCUCCGAUUACAUCAGACAUGCUCAAAAUUCAAUCACUGAAUUUGGCGCUGAAAUGCAGAAGCAGUUUAACCAAGCAGUGCCCAAUCAAGAAGAAUAUUUGAAUACCCUUAAAGAGCAGAGCAGCCAUUUUUUUAACAACAUACAGAAUCAGGUGCAGAACAUGACGGAGGAGGUGAAGGCGAAAACACCCGAGUUGGAACAUUUAAUGACAAAUUUUAAAACUAAGCUGUCUGAGGCGUUCAAUAAAAUUACUACCAAUGAGGAGGCCGAGGAACAUGUGAAUCAGAUACAAGCGAGAAUUCAAGAAAGUCUCCGCACUGUAAUGAACGAAUCCCAGAAUGUUAUGGAGAACGUAAACAAAAAUUCCGCGAAAGUGCAAGAAGACAUCUCUAAAUUUGUUAAAGGAUUAGUUGACUUUGCCUCUGAAAAUCUCAAGAAUUUCUCACCAGAGGCGACGACACAGAAGACAGAGGAACACAGUUAAAAUAUAAAAAUGCGCUUCGUAAAUUAUUCGUAUGCGAAACACUUUGGCCAUUAUGCGCAGAGAAAUUCAAAGUUCAAUUAAUCAGCGAGUGUAACCUCACGCCAUAUCAUAAUCUGGA